AUACCCAUUUUACUUCCUAUACCUCGGAUUCUGGAAUUUCUAAUUUUAUUUAUUUAUUUAUUUAUUGAAUUACCGCAAUGCCCCUGUGAUCUUUUGUAUAUAAGUGAACAUCCCACAAGCGGCGCAUCUAAACGGUUACAAGAGAUAAGCAUUAGAAAGGAAAGAGCGGUACAGUACACCCGCGGAGAUGAUGAUAGCGUACCUGGACCAGCAGCUCCGAUUAGCUCCCGGAACCGAUGUGGACCCUUGCGGCGCCGGCGGAGAGAUUCACCCUGAUCUAGCUGCAGCUAGUGAGGACUUCGGCGGCGUAGUACGAGCCCUCCCCGCUGCCGUGCACCGCCCUCGCUCCGCCGACGAUGUCGCCGAGGUAAUCCGCCAGGCGUUGAGGUACGAUCAUCUCACCGUCGCCGCGAGGGGGAACGGGCACUCGGUCGCCGGCCAGGCGUUAGCUCCUGGCGGCAUCGUGCUCGAUAUGAGGACGAUGUCGCGGAUGGAGCUCGUCCGGGGAGACGGCGGCCAGAUUUGCGCCGAUGUAGGAGCGGGUGUUCUAUGGGGGGAGUUGCUGGAGUGGGGGGUGGCGAAGCACGGGCUAUCACCGGCGUCGUGGACGGACUAUUUGGGGCUGACGGUAGGGGGAACGCUCUCCAACGCGGGGAUCAGCGGGCAAGCGUUCCAAAAAGGGCCGCAGAUCUCCAACGUCGACGAGCUCGAAGUCGUCACCGGCGAUGGCGAGCGAGUGGUUUGCUCUCCGAAGAGCCGCUCCGAUCUCUUCUUCGGCGUCCUCGGUGGGCUCGGCCAGUUCGGAGUCAUAACCCGCGCGAGGAUACCUCUAAUCCCGGCGCCGCCUAUGGUGCGGUGGAUUAGAGUGGUGUAUGCUUCGUUCGAAGGGUACAAAGCUGACGUGGAGUGGCUAGUAGGGAGGCCUGAGCGGGAGGGGUUCGACUACAUUGAAGGUUUUGCAUUCGUAAACCGAGGUGGUGAUCCGGCGAGCGGAUGGGAAUCGGUUCCGAUCGGACCAAGUUCAGUUUUCGAUGCGAGUUUGGUCCCGCACGGGUCGGGUCCACUGCUCUACUGCCUUGAGGUGGCGCUCUACCACCAGCUCCACGACGGUGUGGAUAAGAGAGUGGAUGAAAUGCUUCGGCCGCUGAAGUACAUAAGAGGGCUAGAGUUCACUGCUGAAGUGAGCUACGUGGAAUUUCUCUCACGUGUGAACCUGGCGGAGUCAGCCGCGCGUGCGAACGGGAGCUGGCACGCGCCGCACCCAUGGCUCAACAUCCUUAUCUCGGCCUCCGACGUGUCCCAUUUCGACCGCCACGUGUUUCAAUCUGUUCUCAAAGAUGGCAUCGGUGGGCCCAUGCUUGUGUACCCACUUCUGCGAGCCAAGUGGGACCCACGGACGUCAGUGGCGUUACCGGACAGUGACGUAUUCUUCUUGGUGGCUCUGCUCCGGUUCAACCAGCCAUACCCGAUCGGACCACCGGUCGAGAGCCUGAUAUCCCAGAACCGUGAGAUCCUCAAACGUUGCAAAUCCAACGGCUACGAUUUCAAGCUCUACUUCCCCAACUACAAGACAGAGCCCGAGUGGGUCCGCCACUUCGGCCAAGACUGGGCCCGGUUCGUCGACCGCAAGGCUAUGUAUGACCCACGGGCCAUCCUCUCCCCGGGCCAAAACAUCUUCUCUCGGGCCCGUCCUCCUUCAUCGGGAUCAUAAACCCAACCGAAAUCCUGACCGUUGGAUGAGGAAAUCUAUGUAUGACCAUGAUCUUUUCCUUUAUUUUGCUUUUGUACAUCAUUGAUAAAAAAGAAGAAGAAGGGAUGGAAAUUAAGAA